AUGGAGCGUCGCGCCUGCAGCGGCCUCGACCACAUGCAGGUGGUGGACGCGUUCGCCAAGGCGGUGCCGCCGCCCCACAAGGUGAACCUCGGAAAGCCCGACGCGACCAUUCUGGUGCAGCUGGUCCGCAACGUGUGCGCGGUGGCGGUGGCGCCGCGGUACAAGGCGCUCUGCAAGUACAACGUGCGGGUGGCGGCGGAGCCGGAUGAGGAGGGGGACGCAGGGAAGGAUGGGGCCGGCAAGCAGCAGGAGCAGCAGCCGCAGAAGCCGGAGCAGCAGCAGCAGCAGGAGCAGGAAGGGGCGGAGGCCGCGGCAGGGGAGGAGCCCGCGGCGGUGAAGGAUGCCGCGGGCGAGCCGGCGGGGGGAGCCGCGGAGGGCGAAGUGGCUGCGGGCGGCGGAGAGGAGGCCGCAGGAUGA